AUGACGAACGAUCUUCGUGAGCUGGAAAAGCAGGAUCGCAACAUCCGGAAGACGUUGGAAGGGAUGCAGUACUUCGUCGAACAUUACAGUCCUGACCUAGUCGACCAAGUGGCGAUUCGUCUUCAGCGAUUGGAGGAAGUUUUUCAGGAGUUCCAUGCGGUUCGUCGAAAGAUAGAGCUGUUAACAGAAGAUGUGUUCUCCGAAGACGAAGAAGAAGUGGACCAGAAGGAAACCAAGGAACAGCGGAAGGCUCGUAUUGCCGGCGUGAUCCAAGCGAGGGAAGAAGAGAACGUGAAGAUUAUGAUGAAGAUCGAGAAUGUGUACUACAAAAUCAAGGCUGCCCUCACCCGAUUGCUACCCAAAUCGACCCCCGUUGCUGCUAUAUCCGGUGUUCAACCCCCACCAGCAGCCGCUCCAGCUGUUUCGAGAGUGAAGCUACCAGAAAUUCGACUGUCGAGCUUCGGUGGACAGCUGAGAGAGUGGGUCACCUUCCGUGACUCGUUCCGUAGCCUGAUACACAACAACCAACAGUUGUCAGCUAUGGACAAGUUUACGUAUCUGCGAUCGUCGUUAACCGGAGAGGCUCUCCAGGAAAUCAACUCAGUGGAGAUGACCGAAGCGAACUACGACGUAGCCUGGGUAGCAUUGAAGCGCAGGUACGAGAACAAGAAGCUCAUCGUGAAAGCCCAUUUGGAUUCGCUGUUCUCGGUCGAGGUGAUGAAGAAGGAGAGCUACGAGUCGCUGAGCAAGCUGAUCGGCGACUUUGAGAAGAACCUGUUGAUGCUGGACAAGAUAGGAGAGAACACGGCGAAUUGGAGCACCAUCCUGGUGUACAUGAUCUGCUCGCGAUUAGAUCCGGCCACUCUCAGACAAUGGGAGGCACACCACAAAUCAAAUGCGGUUCCGACGUACGCGAAUUUGAUCCAGUUCCUUCGUGAGCACUGUUCUGUACUCCAGUCAAUUGCGCCGAGUAAUUCCAUUCCUGUCCAAGAAAAGCGAUCGAAGGUUGGCGUGAGCAAUGCUGCAGUUCAGUCGUGGAACAAGUGUCUCUUCUGUGGAGAAUCGUUCCAUUCAGCGUUCCGUUGCUUCAAGUUCCUGAAGAUGAAGGUUCCAGAACGUCUCGACGUGGCUCGGCGGAGUAAAGUUUGCCUGAACUGUCUAACUGCUGGACAUUAUGCGAAGUCGUGCACGAAGGGCUGCUGUCAUCACUGCCAGCAGAAACAUCAUUCCCUGUUGCACACUGAUUCAAGCCAGCAGUCACCCCCACUUGUCAAAUCCUCCGUCCCGUCGCAGAAGAAACCUCCAUCGUCAAACCAGCAGCAACACCAAACACAACCACACACCAGUAGCCAUUCCACACCAACCCAGACCAUUACACCUUCCACAAGCGCUCUCCCUGUUACUCACUCGCCAAACACUCAACCACUGCACACCACAAAUCAGACAUGCACAAGCCAGAACUCCGUUUCCCUCUCAGUGAGCAACCGUACCGGAGAUGUCCUUCUCUCCACUGCGGUAGUCUCUGUCAAGGACCAGUACGGUGCGACACGACUAGCCAGAGCUUUGCUAGAUUCGUGCUCGCAGUUCUGUUUCAUGACCACCAAUUUCAGUCAAAAACUGAAACUCCGUGGAUUUCCCGAUCACUUGACAGUUCAAGGAAUCGGGGGUUCCAAUUCAGUAUCCCGUAGACGAGUGAACGCUCGGAUCCUUCCCCGGUCCGGUGAUAUUUCGUCCUACAACGAGGACAUGUCGUUCUACAUUCUACCGGAGUUGACAACCACUCUGCCAGUCCAAAGGGUCAGCGUCGGUCAAUGGAAGCCGCUAUCCAGCAUCGUGUUGGCCGAUCCACAGUUCUGUGAGCCCGAGCAGAUCGACAUCAUCAUCGGUGCCGAGUAUUUCUACGAUCUUCUCACCGAAGGACGAAGCAAGAUUAGCGAGGAGGGACCAACUCUGCAGAAUACUGUCUUCGGUUGGAUUGUUUCAGGACGCAUUCCUGAUCAACCAGUGAGUCCAACGCAAUCAGUUUCGUUUUCGUGCACGCUAGCGGACAUCCAGGACCAGCUACCACGCUUCUGGGAGUUGGAGUCCUGCAAGUCCAGUAGCAUCCAGUCGGUAGAAGAAUCAACGUGCGAGACCAUCUUCGACGAGACAACAACUCGGGAUAGCAGUGGCAGAUUCAUGGUGUCGUUGCCGAAGAAGGAGUUCGUCAUGCAGCAGCUUGGCGAAUGUGAAACGAUUGCCACUAAACGUUUCUUAGCCUUGGAACGACGACUAGAAGCCAACCCCGAGCUGAAGACUCAGUACCAUCAGUUCAUACGUGAAUAUGAGCAGCUUGGCCAUAUGAAGCAGGUGGACAGCGAAGAUCCAGACUUUCCCAUCUACUUCCUUCCGCAUCACGCAGUGUUAAAGCCAGACAGUACCACGACGAAGCUGCGAGUAGUAUUCGACGCAUCCUGCAAAACGUCCACAGGAGUCUCGUUAAACGAUGCCCUGAUGGUCGGACCCGUCGUUCAGGAUGACCUGCUGGCGAUUCAACUGCGUUUCCGUCUCCACCGAAUAGCCGUCGUCGCAGACGUGGAGAAAAUGUAUCGGAUGAUCCUCGUCUAUCCGUCAGAUCAACGGCUCCAGUGCAUUCUGUGGAGGGAUACUCCGAACGAACCUAUCCGCACGUAUCAGUUAGCUACAGUAACGUAUGGGACAGCAUGUGCUCCGUACUUGGCGACCAAGUGUCUGCAACGGCUGGCAGAACUUGAGGCCGAGAGAUAUCCUGUGGCGGCGAAGACAAUGAAGGAGGAUUACUAUGUCGACGAUAUGCUGAGCGGAGCCGAUAACCUUGAAGCCGCAACGCAGCUAACCAGCGAAAUGCUCGAGCUUGCUUCCUCCGGUGGUUUCACUUUGCGAAAAUGGAACUCCAAUUCUAGCGCACUCCUGGAUCAGUUACCAGAGAAUCUCGUCGACCGCCGGCCGGAGCUUGAGCUGGAUACUACGAACACUCCAGUGAAGACACUUGGGCUGCUCUGGGACACCACUUCAGACAGUUUUCUCUUCCGUUCACCUGUGUGGAACUCAGAGGCACCUAUCACCAAGCGAAUUGUGCUUGCGGACACAGCUCGUUUAUUCGAUUCCAUCGGCCUGGUGGGACCUGUCAUCGUCGCAGCGAAGAUAUUCGUUCAAGACCUGUGGAAGCAGAAGUGCGACUGGGACGAACCGUUACCCGAAGCAUUCCAGAAUUUUUGGAUCGAGUAUAGGAGAAAUCUAUCCGCCCUUUCGUCGUUAUCGAUUCCUCGGUGGGUGGCGUUCAGUACGGAUCUGGCUUCCGUUCAGGUUCAUGGCUUCUGCGAUGCUUCUAACAAGGCGUAUGGAGCAUGCCUCUACCUCCGCAGUACUACCUUCGGCGGUUCCGUAGAAGUGCGUCUCAUCACAGCCAAGUCCAAGGUCGCACCACUUGAAGAUCUGAAGCGGAAGAAAAGGGUUCAGACCACUCCCCGGCUGGAACUCUCCGGAGCAUUGCUGCUCAGUCACCUAUACGAAAAGUUCGUCGCCAGCACAGCAAUUCAGCACACCGCCUUCUUUUGGACCGAUUCGACGAUCGUGAUGCACUGGCUCUCGUCGCUACCGUCACGGUGGCAGAUGUUUGUUGCGAAUCGUGUGUCGGAGAUCCAACACGCCACGAAAGGAUGCCCGUGGAACCACGUAGCUGGUGAAGAAAAUCCCGCCGACAUCAUCUCUCGGGGAAUGACACCAGCUCAGCUGCAAUACGAAAGGCUGUGGUUCGAGGGACCGCUGUGGCUUCGUCAGGACGCGAGCAUCUGGCCGUCCAAGGCUCCAGAAGAGGAAAUCGAUCCUGCCAUACUGGAAGAGAAGAAGGUCCUUGCGCUCCCAGCGACGGCUGAAUCCGUUAGCGAAAUAUUCAGUCUCCGUUCAUCGCUGUUCAGUUUAGUCAGGUUGGUCGCUGGCAUCCGCCGGUUCGUGCACAACACACAGCACAGACAGGACAGACGCACAGGGUUUCUGACGUUCCCCGAACACGAGCAGGCCUUGACAUUCCUGGUUCAGCUGGCGCAACAAGAAGCCUUUCCAGCUGAGGUAGCAGCGUUGAACAAGAACAAUCCAGUCAGUCCAUCGUCUUCGAUAAGCAGGUUGAAUCCAGUUCUUGUCAGUGGAAUCCUCUGUGUGGGAGGCCGACUAGCCAAGGCGCCAGUGUCAGCGAGUCGGAAACAUCCGAUGAUUUUGAGUCACCAUCAUCCACUGGCAAGGUUGGUUCUGCACUACUACCAUUGCAAGCACUUCCAUUCCGGAUUGCAGCUUCUCGUGUCCACUGUUCGUGAGCGUUUCUGGAUCACGCGCAUCAGGAGUCUUGCCAACUCUGUGUUACACGAAUGCGUUCGUUGUUUCCGAACCAGGCCGAAGGUGCUAGACCAGCUUAUGGCCGAUCUUCCGUCGGAACGAGUCUCUCCGGCACCUCCAUUCCUUAGAGUAGGCGUGGAUUAUUGCGGACCGUUCCUGAUCAAAUACCCUGUUCGCCGCGCGACUCCCACGAAACAUUACGUCGCCAUUUUCAUCUGCCUCGUUACGAAGGCAGUUCAUCUCGAGUUGGCCAGCGAUCUCACUAGCGAAGCCUUCCUUGCCGCCUUCAAAAGGUUCGUGGCUCGCAGAGGAAAACCGAUCCUGGUCAUGUGCGACAACGCCACAAACUUCGUGGGAGCCAAGCGCCAACUGGAUGAAUUACGGCAGCUGUUCAUCGACCAAACGUUCCAGGAGUCCAUCGUCCGUGGAGCGAUCGAGGACGGCAUAGAAUUCCGCUUCAUUCCAGCAAGAUCCCCCAACUUCGGUGGUCUUUGGGAGGCCGCCGUGAAGUCUUUCAAGGGUCAUUUCAAGCGUACCAUCGGUGACCGUGUGCUGCAGUACGACGAGAUGAUCACCGUGUUGCCACAAGUUGAAGCGAUCCUCAACUCCCGGCCCCUCACGCCGGUCAGUAACGAUCCGUUGGACUUCGAAGCGUUGACGCCAGGUCACUUCCUGGUUCAGCGACCGUUGACAGCAGUUCCAGAGCCAUCUCUAGAAGAUCUGCAGCGGAAUCGGCUGUCAAUGUGGCAGCAAGCGCAAGACUACGUUCAGCAAAUCUGGACCAAGUGGUCCACUCAGUACCUUUCCGAUCUCCAUAACCGGACUAAAUGGACCCGGAAACGGGACAAUAUCUCUGUUGGGACGCUAGUCCUACUCAAGGAAGACAAGCUUCCGCCACUAAGGUGGAAAUUGGGCCGCGUCAUUCAGAUCCACCCCGGAUCAGAUGGCAACAUACGCGUUGUUACUGUGAAGGCCCAGGACGGCGAGUAUCAGAGAGCCAUUUCGAAAAUUUGCAUCCUUCCGAUCCGCGACAACCUGGAGUCUGAGCAGAUCUAA